AUGCUGAAACAGAGCACGGAGAGGAGGUGGUCCUUGAGCUACAAGCCCUGGAGUAUUCCGGAGACUGAGGGGGUGCCCAACACGAGGAGCAACCAACACCGCAGGAGCAUCUGCUCCAUGGGAGCCCGCACUGGCUCUCAGGCCAGCAUCACACCACAGUGGACCGAGGGCAACUACAAUUACUACAUUGAGGAAGAUGAGGACAGUGGGGAAGACUGGAAGGAUGACCUUGCAGAAGAGAACCAGCAGCCAGAGUGGCCCGUGGUUCCGCUGGAUGCGCACACUGACACUCCAGUGCAGCUCUCCAUUCUGAAAGUGAACGUAGGCGGCCACAGCUAUCAGCUGGAAUGCUGUGAGCUGGCCAACUACCCCAAAACACGCCUGGGCCGCCUGGUCACCUCCACUAGCCGCAGCUGCCAGCUUGGCCUCUGCGAUGACUAUGAAGCACAGAGGGAUGAGUACUUCUUUGACCGUGACCCUGCGGUCUUCCAACUCAUCUACAACUUCUAUACAUCAGGGGUACUGCUGGUGCGGGAUGAGCUGUGUCCGCGCAGCUUCCUGGAGGAGCUGGGCUACUGGGGCGUGAGGCUCAAGUACACACCACGCUGCUGUCGCAUCUGCUUCGAGGAGCGGAGGGACGAGUUGAGUGAGCAACUCAAGAUCCAGCGGGAGCUGCGUGCUCAGGCGCAGGCAGAGGAGGCUGAGGAGCUCUUCCAGGACAUGCGCUUCUACGGGCCACAGCGUCGACGCCUCUGGAACCUCAUGGAGAAGCCCUUUUCCUCCGUGGCAGCCAAGGCCAUGGGAGUGGCCUCCAACCUCUUCGUGCUCAUCUCUGUGGUGGCCCUGGCCCUCAACACGGUCGAGGAGAUGCAGCACCAGGCGGAGGAGGACGCAGGUGGUGGGGACCCGGGGCCCAUCCUGGAGCACAUGGAGAUGCUGUGUGUGGCUUUCUUCACUCUGGAGUUCCUGCUGCGCCUCGCCUCCACCCCCAACCUGCGACGCUUCGCACGCAGCGCCCUCAACCUGGUGGACCUGGUGGCCAUCCUGCCUUUCUACCUUCAGCUGCUGCUCGAGUGCUUCACAAGCGAGGACCAGAGGCAUGUCAAGGGUUCCCCACGGGAACACGACCUGGAGACCGUGGGCCGCGUGGGCAAGGUGGGACAGGUGCUACGCAUCAUGCGCCUCAUGCGCAUCUUCCGCAUCCUCAAGCUGGCACGCCACUCCACCGGCCUGCGUGCCUUUGGCUUCACGUUGCGCCAGUGCUACCAGCAGGUGGGCUGCCUGAUGCUCUUCAUCACUAUGGGCAUCUUCUCCUUCUCCGCAGCGGUCUAUUCGGUGGAGCACGACAUGCCUGGCACAAACUUCACCAGCAUCCUCCAUGCCUGGUGGUGGGCGGCGGUAAGCAUCUCCACUGUGGGCUAUGGAGACAUGUACCCAGAGACCCAUCUGGGCAGACUUUUCGCUUUCUUCUGCAUUGCUUUCGGGAUUAUUCUCAACGGGAUGCCCAUAUCCAUCCUCUACAACAAGUUCUCCGACUACUACAGCAAGCUCAAAGCUUACGAGUACACAGCCAUCCGGAGGGAGCGGGGAAAGGUGAACUUUAUCCAGAGAGCCACGAAGAAGAUGGCCGAAUGUUUAUCCGGAAGCAACACACAGCCCAUCACGAGGCAAGAGAAUUAA